AUGGCUGAAGGAGAGAAUGAAGUGAGGUGGGAUGGGCUGUGCAGUAGAGAUUCAACUACGAGAGAGACGGCGCUGGAGACAAUCAGGCAGAUCGUUUUGAGAAAAACUGAGUAUCUCCGUUCGGUGAAAGAGACACCUUAUCGCCCAUCGGACGGGCUUUCAGACGCUGGCUCUUUGGAUGGGUUGAAUAAGCUGCUUGCUCAUCUGCUUAUGCUUUCCAAGAGGUGUCCCUUCAAAGAUGUAAGAGAGAAAAGCGAGUUAAUUUUGAAGAGCGUCCAGGAACUUGGAAUUAGAAUUCCUCGACCACUGGGACACGGACCAAGCAGAUUUAUCCCAGAAAAAGAGAUUCUUCAGGUGGGGAGUGAAGACGCACAAAUGCAUACUUUAUUUGCAGAUUCUUUUGCUGCUUUGGGUCGUUUGGAUAACAUUACUUUAGUGAUGGUUUUUCACCCACAGUAUUUGGAAAGUUUCUUAAAAACUCAACACUAUCUACUGCAAAUGGACGGGCCAUUACCCCUGCAUUACCGGCACUACAUUGGAAUAAUGGCUGCAGCAAGACAUCAGUGCUCCUACUUAGUGAACCUCCAUGUAAAUGAUUUCCUUCAUGUUGGUGGGGACUCCAAGUGGCUUAAUGGCUUAGAGAAUGCUCCUCAAAAACUACAAAAUUUAGGAGAACUUAACAAAUUGCUAGCCCAUAGACCUUGGCUUAUUACUAAAGAACACAUUGAGCAACUUUUAAAAGCUGAAGAGCACAGCUGGUCCCUUGCAGAACUGGUACAUGCAGUAGUUCUACUCACACACUAUCAUUCUCUUGCCUCGUUCACAUUUGGCUGUGGAAUCAGUCCAGAAAUUCAUUGUGAUGGUGGCCACACAUUCAGACCUCCUUCUGUUAAUAACUACUGCAUCUGUGACAUUACAAAUGGCAAUCACAGUGUGGAAGAGAAUCAGGUCAACUCAGCAGGAAAUGUUUCGAUAAGUGAUUCCUUCUUUGAGGUCGAAGCCCUCAUGGAAAAGAUGAGGCAAUUACAGGAAUGUCGAGAUGAAGAAGAGGCAAGUCAGGAAGAGAUGGCCUCACGUUUUGAAAUAGAAAAAAGAGAGAGCAUGUUUGUCUUCUCUUCAGAUGAUGAUGAAGUUACACCAGCAAGAGAUAUAUCUCGUCACUUUGAGGAUACUAGCUAUGGCUAUAAGGAUUUCUCUAGACAUGGGAUGCAUGUUCCAACAUUUCGAGUCCAGGAUUAUUGCUGGGAAGACCAUGGUUAUUCUUUGGUAAAUCGCCUUUAUCCAGAUGUGGGACAGUUGAUUGAUGAAAAAUUUCACAUUGCUUACAAUCUUACUUACAAUACAAUGGCAAUGCACAAAGAUGUUGAUACCUCAAUGCUCAGACGGGCUAUUUGGAACUAUAUUCACUGCAUGUUUGGAAUAAGAUAUGAUGACUAUGACUAUGGUGAAAUUAACCAGCUGUUGGAUCGUAGCUUUAAAGUUUAUAUCAAAACCAUUGUUUGCACUCCUGAAAAGGUUACCAAAAGAAUGUAUGAUAGCUUCUGGAGGCAGUUCAAGCACUCCGAGAAGGUUCAUGUUAAUCUGCUUCUUAUAGAAGCUAGGAUGCAAGCCGAACUCCUUUAUGCUCUGAGAGCCAUUACGCGCUAUAUGACCUGA